AAAAAAUACAGCUUCAUACAAGUUGGCAGCACUGCCACAAAAGUAAUCUAAAAAGAAAGCUGUAAAGAAAUGUUUGGUUAAUUGUGGCAUAUCUCAUAAAAUUGUAUAAAAAAUAUGUUUUACGCACAUUUAAUUUUGGCCAAAAAAGGCCCCUUAGCCCGGGUGUGGUUAGCUGCUCAUUGGGAUAAGAAAAUAACAAAAGCGCAUGUGUUUGAAACGAAUAUUGAGAAGUCUGUGGAAGGCAUAAUGCAACCAAAAGUAAAAUUGGCGCUUCGCACCUCUGGUCAUUUACUUCUGGGCGUCGUUAGAAUUUACUCGAGGAAAGCAAAAUAUUUGUUGGCCGAUUGUAAUGAAGCAUUUGUUAAGAUUAAAAUGGCUUUCAGGCCGGGCAUGGUUGAUCUACCCGAAGGACAUAGAGAGGCAAAUGUGAAUGCAAUUACUCUGCCAGAGGUAUUUCAUGAUUUCGACACAGCCUUGCCCGAGUUGAAUGAUAUUGAUAUUGAAGCACAAUUUGCAAUAAAUCAAUCAAGAGCAGAUGAAAUAACUAUGCGUGAAGACUAUGGCGGUAGUUUAUCCUUGUCCAUACAUGAUGACGGUUUUGGUGAUAUGGGAUUUGAAGGUGAUACACCGGAUUUGAUACGUGGUCCUAUAGAUUCCAAUAUAGAUGAUCAAUUAUUCGGUGAAGGCGGAAUGGCCGAUGUAACUUUAGUUGAUGAGCCCAAAAUAACUUUAAAUGACUCAGAUUUGGCUAAUUCCCGAUUAGAUGGCGAUGGUUUCGGUGAUGAAUUUGGACAACCGGAACUUUUUGAAGACGAUUUAUUCGCUGAACCGCCAUUAGAUACAAGCGAUAAUAAUUUGAAAGCUGCAAUCGGUGCUGCACAAGAAUCUGAUGAUGAGGGUAUGGACCAUAUGGAUAUAAGGCCACCAUCAGUCGCAUCGAGUUGUGAACAUGCGUCCGAGACCAAUGAAGUUGAGAAAGAGGCACAUAAAGAUGUGUGUAAUGAAGUAUUGGAUAGUUCAAAGGAAGAUGAAAAUCCUCUAGAUCAAUCAACUUUGUUGCAAAACGAAGACGAAAGUUUUGCAUUGGCACCAAUAGAUGCUUCGGCUUACAAAGGUGUGACCAAAGCCAAGCGCAAACGUAAACUUAUUGUUGACGAAGUAAAAAAUAUAUCUGGCGAAGAAAUGAAAGCACAACUGGCUAAUACGACAGAUAUAGUUACGACAUUAGAUUUGGCACCACCAACCAAAAGAUUAACCUAUUGGAAGGAAACAGGGGGUGUGGAAAAACUCUUCUCUUUACCAUCUAGAACUAUACCAGCGAGAGCAUUAUUCAUAAAUUAUCAUCGCCAUUUAGUUUCACGCGUCUCACCACUUGAAGACUUCUCCAUACUCGGCCCAUCCGAUUUGUUAGCUAUAGAGCAUAUACAAAAUGAGAACGAUGCUAACAUAAUCAAUAAUAAUAAGCGUGGACGUAAACGAAAACAAGAAUUACAAGCAGAACAACAAGCCCCUGCAGAUGUAACCACACAAAGUUUAGCACCACCUGAACCAGUGCGUGAUCAUGAACAAAAUACUGGUACACAAGGUCAAUUCUCAUUGGCCGAAAAUCUGAUACCACCGGCAGAGAGUUCAUUAUUCGACAAUAUGCGCAGUCCCAGUCGUAUGUUAAGUAUAAAUGAUAUAAAUGGCCUGGAAAACUUAACAGCACUCAACGACUUACCUCUAACGCCCGGCAACAUACAUCACGGCAUCGAUGCCUCGGAUGAUUUCAAUCACGGCGAUGCGACGCCUGCGGGUCUACAUCACGGAGACCAAACACCGCAUCAUUCCGGAAUAGAGCAUAUCGAAAACUUACCAAGUCUACCAGCUGAUCAGAUUUCAUCUAUACUCCAAGAAGCUGAAAACAUGCCAAAUAUGCAGCAAGACAACCAGACAAAUAAAAUGCAACGCACCAGUGAUAUAUCAACCGAUUGGAAUGACUAUGAUUUACCGCAACAACAAGCUAAUCCUGCUGAGGAGCAAUUAGAAAAUGAAACCGAUGAACAAUUCGAGGAACGAGUACUCAACAAGCGAGCGGCACAAUUAUUCUAUACUGUUAAAUCACGUUUAAUCAAGCAGGAUUGCUUAAUAUUAUCAGCGUUAACUGUAAAUAAUAGUCGUAAACAGGCGGCACAAAAGUUUUAUUCACUGUUGGUGUUGAAAAAGUUUCGCGCGCUCAACAUUGCACAGACGCAGCCAUAUUCAGAUAUAGAGAUAUCUAGAGGGCCGCUAUUUGAAAAUCCGAAAUUAUAAAGCAUGAAAUCAUUUAUUUUCAUUAUUAUAUUUAAUUUAUAUGCUAUGUAAUUAUAUAUUUUAUGUAACGAAUGCAAAUUCGGUUUUAAAUCGUAAAUUUCUGUAUGUAAAUAAUAAAUUAUUUUU